GCCUCCGAAGCCGGAAGCCAGGUUUAGGAGCCGCUGUUUGUGUACAUGAUCAGAGCGCCUCACACAUCAUCGGACGUACCAGUGUCACCUGUCAAUCACUUAGUAAAUCUCGCUGUGGGUUUUUUCAGUUUAUGUGUAAACAGAUGAUCAUUCUGUGUGAUCUGCUGGUUUCUUAGAGGAAGCCAGGGCUCAGCAACUCCUGCCCCCAGAGACAGACAUGGGGAAUCAGCUGGCAGGGAUAGCGCCCUCGCAGAUCCUCUCUGUGGACAGCUACUUCUCAGACAUCCAUGACUAUGAGUACGAUAAGAGCCUGGGCAGCACACGCUUCUUCAAAGUCGCCCGUGCCAAGCACAGGGAGGGCCUGGUGGUUGUGAAGGUAUUUGCCAUCCAAGACCCCUCUCUGCCCCUCACCAACUACAAACAGGAGCUGGAGGAGCUGAAGAUCAGGCUGUGCUCUUCCCAAAACUGCCUGCCCUUCCAGAAGUUUAUCUUGAACGAGAAGGCAGCACUGCUUUUCAGGCAGUAUGUCAGGGACAACCUUUAUGACCGGAUCAGCACCCGUCCCUUUCUCAACAACAUUGAGAAGCGCUGGAUUGCCUUCCAGAUCCUGACAGCUGUGGAUCAAGCUCACAAAUCUGGGGUAAGACAUGGAGAUAUCAAAACAGAAAAUGUCAUGGUGUCCAGCUGGAACUGGGUACUCCUGACAGACUUCGCCAGCUUUAAACCCACCUACCUCCCUGAGGACAAUCCUGCAGACUUCAACUAUUUCUUUGACACUUCCAGGAGGAGAACCUGUUAUAUUGCUCCAGAGAGGUUUGUGGAUGGCACCACUUUUUCCACAGAGCUUGAAUCCAUGAAUGAUCCAUCGACGCCUUUGGUGGAUCUCACAAAUAACAACCAGCGUACGAGAGGGGACCUUAAAAGAGCAAUGGAUAUUUUUUCUGCAGGUUGUGUGAUUGCAGAACUAUUCACAGAAGGAGUUCCACUGUUUGAUUUGUCUCAACUUCUGGCUUACAAAAAGGGGCAAUUUACCCCUGAUCAAGCGCUAAGCAAAAUUGAAGACCAUUCUAUCCGGCAGUUGGUAACACAGAUGAUCUGUCGGGAACCUGAGAAACGGUUGGCUGCUGAAGACUACUUGAAACAACAAAGGGGCAAUGCAUUCCCUGAAAUAUUUUACACAUUUUUACAGCCAUACAUGGCGCAGUUCGCUAAAGAAACAUUCCAUUCUGCCGAUGAGCGCAUCCUUGUUAUACGCAAAGAUCUCGACAACAUCAUACACAAUUUCUGUGGCGAUGACCAAUGUGAGAAGUCUGAUAGUGAAACUAAGGAAAACGGGCUUCUUAUCCUGGUCUCUGUGAUAACGUCUUGUUUGCAGACACUGAAACACUGUGAUUCUAAGCUUGCUGCCCUGGAGCUUCUCCUGCACCUUGCUCCACGUUUAACUGUUGAGAUUUUACUAGACCGUAUUACUCCAUACCUGUUACAUUUCAGCAAUGAUUCUGUUCCAAGAGUAAAGGCAGAAGCUGUGAGGAUAUUGACCAAAGUUCUUGCUCUUGUCAAGGAAGUGCCUCGUAAUGACAUCAACAUUUAUCCAGAAUACAUUUUGCCUGGAAUAGCGCAUUUGGCUCAAGAUGAAGCCACUAUAGUCAGAUUGGCAUAUGCAGAAAACAUUGCAUUGCUGGCUGAGACUGCACUUAAAUUUCUGGAGUUGGUGCAACUGAAAAACCUAAGUAUGGAAAAUGACCCAAACAUUGAAGAGAUAGAUGAGAUGUCACAUCCAAGUGAGAACUAUGACACAGAAUUGCAGGCUUUGCAUGAAAUGGUUCAACAAAAGGUGGUAACAUUGCUGAGUGACCCAGAGAAUAUCGUGAAGCAGACUUUAAUGGAGAAUGGCAUAACAAGACUCUGUGUUUUCUUUGGUCGGCAAAAAGCAAAUGAUGUCCUCCUUUCUCACAUGAUCACUUUUCUGAAUGAUAAGAAUGACUGGCACCUCCGUGGAGCUUUCUUUGACAGCAUUGUUGGUGUUGCGGCAUAUGUGGGGUGGCAGAGCUCAUCUAUCUUAAAGCCGCUUCUCCAACAAGGUCAAAGUGAUGUUGAAGAGUUUGUGAUCUUUAAAGCUCUUAAUGCUUUGACCUGCAUGUGUCAACUGGGACUCCUUCAGAAGCCACACGUCUAUGAAUUUGCUUGUGACGUUGCACCUUUUCUGUGCCAUCCAAACUUGUGGAUCCGUUAUGGUGCCGUUGGAUUUAUCACUACAGUUGCACAGCAAUUAAACAUAGCAGAUGUAUACUGUAGACUGAUGCCCUACCUCCAUCAUUUCAUCAUUGAGCCAAUUCUGCAGAUAGAGAAGGAAGUUGUCCUGCUGAGUGUGUUGAAAGAGCCUGUGAGCCGCUCUAUAUUUGAUUAUGCAUUAAGAGCAAAAGACAUCGCAAGCCUCUUCAGACACCUUCAGAUGCGCCAGAAGAAGAGACAUGGGACUCUCCAAGAAUGCCCACCUCCCGAUGAUCCAGCAAUUGCUCAGCUUUUGAAAAAACUCUUAUCGCAGGGGAUGACAGAAGAAGAAGAAGAUAAGCUUUUAGCACUAAAAGACUUUAUGUUAAAGUCCAACAGAGCCAAAGCAAGUUUAGCAGAACAGAGCCAUCUCUAUGAAAGUGCUAAUAAAGGUGUGAUCGACUUGCCAUCUUUAGGCCUAAGCGGUAGACAAGCUGAUCUUGUUAAAACGAAACUGGACACAGAAGACAAACGCAAUCGGAAACAUGUUAAGCAAGAUUCCAAUGUGAAUGAAGAGUGGCGAAGCAUGUUUGGAGCAAUGGAACCGUCCAAUGUGAACCCGGCAGCAGCAGCACCUAGAGCCUUGCCACCUGCUGAACAGGAAUCUGGAAAGCCUCUUCACACAGAAUCGUCUGCUGCCCUUUUGGCUCCUUUAUCGUCCUCACCACAGGCAACAGAAGGAAUGGUAACCCAGUCAAGGAGGCCCACUAUGCAAAUCUAUACCAGCACAUUUGCUCCUGCAGCAUUCCAACGCUUGGCUCAAUGUAAAAGUGAACUCCAGCAGCUCAUACAGCAGAAGAGGGAGCAAUGCCAUGCAGAAAGAUUAGUCAAAUAUAUGAUGGAGACCGCUGAAUGGGAGAGCAAACCACCACCUACAGGGUGGCAUCCUAAGGGUUUGUUGGUGGCACAUCUGCAUGAACAUAAAGGUCCAGUAAACCGAAUAAGAGUCUCAGAUGAGCAUUCUAUUUUUGCCACUUGCUCCAAUGAUGGAACUGUAAAAAUCUGGAAUAGCCAAAAAAUGGAAGGAAAGACAACAACAACAAGAUCAAUUAUAACAUAUUCUCGCAUCGGGGGACGUAUUAAGACAAUGGCUUUUUGCCAGGGAUCACAUUAUUUAGCUGUGGCUUCAGAUAAUGGUAACAUCCAGCUUCUUUCUAUUGAAGCAUCUAAACCACCUAAAUCUCCAAAAAUACAUCAGCUCCAAAGCAGAAGCUUGGAUUUGAAGCAAGAUGGCUGUGUGAUGGAUAUGCAUCAAUUUAAUGCUGGAUCACAGUCCGUAUUGGCCUACGCUACUGUGAAUGGCUCACUGGUUGGUUGGGAUCUGAGAUCCUCCUCGAAUGCCUGGACUUUAAAGCACGAUCUGAGGUUAGGACUGAUAACGUCAUUUGCCGUGGAUAUACAUCAGUGCUGGCUCUGUAUAGGUACUAGCAGUGGAACCAUGGCUUGCUGGGAUAUGAGGUUUCAGUUACCAAUAUCCAGUCACACUCACCCUGCCCGUUCCCGCAUUCGACGGGUUUUGAUGCAUCCUCUCAGCAUGCAUACAAUGUAUCAGUCGUGGGUCAUAGCAGCUGUUGAAGGCAACAAUGAAGUGUCCAUGUGGGAUAUGGAGACAGGAGACCGACGUUUCACUUUAUGGGCUAGUAAUGCUCCUCCACUCUCAGAAAGGCAGGGUUCUCCUCAUAGUGUUAAUGGUAUUUACUGCAGUCCAGCUGAUGGAAACCCCAUACUACUGACUGCAGGGUCUGAUAUGAAACUCAGAUUUUGGAAUUUGGCCUGUCCGAAGAGAUCCUACAUUAUUGCAGGCAGUACUAACAGUUUACCGCCUGUGUCUUACGUUAGUAAGAUAAUUGAAGGAACUGAAGUUGUUCAGGAAAUCCAAAGUAAACACACAGCUGGUCCCAGUGAAGAGACACCACGAAAAGGACCUGAAUCAUUGCCAGCUGGACAUCAUGAUAUUAUUACAGACAUAGCCACUUUUCAAACCACACAAGGGUUUAUAGUAACGUCUUCUAGGGAUGGAAUUGUGAAAGUAUGGAAGUAAGAGUCCUGUCAUACUGGAACUUUACAAGCAUCAUGAAGUAACUAGGCCUUGACUGCAGCCGAAUCCCUUUUGUGCAAUGCACUCUAUUUCCUGUGCUGUCCACAAGAUGGCAGCAGGCGGCUGUAGAAGGAAGGGGUGUUGCAUCCAAUACAUCAUGUUGUAUUUUGAAAGAAGAUUUUUUAUAUGUCUCUUUUUCACAGAAUUGGUCUGAAUAUAAAUGCUGCCUAUAGUAUUACACAUACAUCUCACAAAAUCCAGGUUAUUUAAUUUUUUUAUAUAAAAAUAAGUGUUUUCUUUCCAUGUCUGUAAUGUAAAGAUGAAAGAAAUAAGUCUGGCCUUUUUUCAUUUGCACACAAAGUGCUGAGAAGGCGUUAUAUUUAAAACUCUAUUUUGAAAGCUUGUUUACAAGACUGGAAGCGAAGGUAAGGCAUGUGUUUUGCACUAAUGUUCCUAUAUACUACUAAUAAAUAACUACCUGUAUACCAAA